AGAAUCUCGUGGAGUGUGUGCGCACGAGUUCCUGGUUCCUAGCAGGAGGUCUGUAGUAAAGUUCCUGAAUCGUUGCGUGAAGAAGAAGAAGAAGAAGAAGAAGCAGAAGAAUAAGCAGAAGCAGAGCUGCGUUCAUGUGCGAGCCGUGCAGCUUGGACUCUGAGUGCGUGUCUCCACCAUGCUACAUGAGCUGGCAGAUGGAGCCUACGAACUUCUACGAUAGUAAACUGACACGGGACGGAAAACGUCCCGAGGACAGCACGAGCAUGAUCACGACCACCACUACGACUACAACGAGCAGCAGCAGCAGCGUGGUGGAGCUGAGCAACGCGCCAGCCAUGUACGACGACGAAAGCGCGAUCGACUUCAGCGCCUACAUCGACUCCAUGUCGUCUGCGCCCAGCUUCGAGCUGUGCAACGACGAGCUGUUCGCCGACCUCUUCAACAGCGCGGUCAAGCAGGAGAAAUCGGACUUCUACCACCAGCUCUCCGCGUUCGGAGCGUCCAGGGACUCGGGCUUCGCGAUCAAGCAGGAAGCCGACUGGAGCGACAGCGACGCGCCGUCGUCCCUACCGUCGCAGAUCGAGACGUGCGCGCAGACGUCGGUGAGCAUCCACACGGGCCAGCCGACGCCCCCGAGCACGCCCGAGCCCUCGUCGGCCUCGUCGUCCUCGAGCCCUCUGCGCAGGAUGCUCAAGAGCGACAAGAGCAAGAAAUCAGUGGACAGGUUGAGCCCGGAAUACCGGCAGCGCCGAGAGCGGAAUAACAUCGCCGUGCGCAAAAGCAGGGACAAGGCGAAGCAGCGCAAUCUGGAAAUGCAACAGAUGCUGAUUGAAGUGAGCGCCGAGAACGAGCGCCUGCACAAGACCGUGGAGCAGCUCACGCGCGAGCUCACGAGCCUCAGACACAUCUUCAAACACCGCGAGACCACCGACAACCGGUGAUCACCGCCAUCACGCGCAUUAUUAUUAUUGUUUGUUUGUUUGUUUUUUGAAUACCUCACAUGCACGCCUUGAAUACUCGGACAGUAGCUACACGUGCAUCACGUCAUCUGAACUGAAAAUAUUUUCGUGAAUAUUGUGAAUAUUUUUAAUAGUGUUUUUUUUGGUAUUCUAAAUUAUUACAGAAAGAAAGUCAUAUAUUACGGUACAUGUUUUAUAAUUCCAAACUUUGUAUUCAAACUUUUGAACAUUUUUAUAUAAAAAAAAGUCUGUAAAGCAAAAACUGGAAUAUUGAUAGAAAUAAAAAUGGAAUGUUUAAAUAUCA